CGCCGUUUGCGAGCUCGACACCAGCGAAAGGAAGAAGAGGAAGAUGUUGGGCACAGUGAAGGCGCGUUGGGUGUUCACGACGGUGGUUUUUUUCUCGGUGGUGGUUUCGCGGAGCAAACAGAGAGUUGAGUCGGAGAGAGAGAAGCCUUUUCUCUCUUCUUCUUCUUCUUCUUCGCCGGCGAAGUUGUCGUCGGCGUCCCAAGAGCCACUGGUCACUCUGGUCUCUAUGGCUUCUAGCGACGGAGGCCAAGCAGAGUUCUACACCGAAACGACGACGGAUGAGGGGUCGCUGAAUCUGGAGUACGAUUUCUAUCGGAACUCGUGCCCUCAGGCAGAGACCAUUGUGAGGUCGAAGAUGGCUUGGAUUUACGGCCAGCACAGGAACGUCUCGGCCCAGUUGCUGCGUCUCUUUUUCCAUGACUGCUUCAUUGAGGGGUGUGAUGCUUCCGUUCUCUUGGAUGACAGCAAUGGGGAUAAAAACCGUUCUAUAGAGAAGCAGGCGACACCAAAUAGGUCCUUGAAGGGAUUUGAUAAAAUUGAUCAGAUCAAGGAGGAGCUCGAAAAUGUUUGUCCAGGGGUGGUAUCUUGUGCCGAUAUACUUGUUCUUGCCGCCAGAGAUGGCAUUAUCCUGGCUGGUGGCCCAUAUUAUCCAGUCUUGACAGGUAGAAGAGAUAGUACCCAGUCCUACUUUGAUGUGGCAUUGGAGGAGAUUCCAAAACCUGAUGACAAUAUCACUCAUAUAUUGCAUCUGUUCUCAAGUAGAGGUUUCAGUGAGAGUGAAACAGUUGCUCUUCUUGGAGCGCACAACAUUGGAAAGAUAGGAUGUGAGUUCAUACAGUCACGCGUAAACAACUUCACUGGGACAGGGCAACCCGACCCAGCCUUACCUCUUGAUCUCCUCACUACGAUGAAACUAAAAUGCCAAGACAAUGCUAACAGGGCGACCAGUAAUACUGAUGCAUCUCAAUCGUCUUUGUCCAUAUCAUCUGGGGCAGUUUUUGACUCUCACUAUUACCAGAACUUGUUGCGGGGAAGAGGAAUCCUCUUUGCUGAUCAGCAAUUAAUGGCUAAUAGGAUGACAGCUCAAGUGGUCGCAGCAUUUGCUUCAGAUAAUGGAUCGGCAUUUCGAAUGGACUUUGCCCAGGCAAUGACGAAGAUGUCAACACUUGGUGUCCUCACUGGAUCUCAAGGUCAGGUGCGAUCGGUCUGUUCUCUCCCAGUCAAUAGUUAUUGA